AAGCUGAAGCCACAGUCAAAAAGCUUGCCACUUCACACGGUCCAGUGCUUCAGACUAGACUAGGAAUUGUGCUUCUUCUUUACGUCAGAAAAACGAAACAAACUACAACCUGUAAAAAUGUCUAAGGGUAGAGACGUCGAGGACCUUGAUGAGGAAGAGAUAGAUGAAGAUGAAAUUCUAGCAAUGCUUUCCCCAGAGGAGCUCCAGGAGCUCCAGAGUGAGAUGGAUGUGAUCAUUGCCCCAGAUGAGAGGGUCCCGGUAGGACAGAGACAGAAGGACCAGACGGAAAAGAUCCCCACAGGGAAUUUUGACCACAGAUCCCUGGUUGAUUAUCUUUACUGGGAGAAAGAGUCCAAACGUAUGCUGGAGGAAGAAAGAGUGCCUGCUACUCUUCUGCCCAGUGAGAAAACCAUUCAGGAAGAAGCUACGAAGAAAGAAACAGAAGAAAAAUUAGAAGAUGUGGAAUAUGAGGUGUACGAAGUGAUAGAGGAAAUCAUCGAGGAUGGGGCGGCCGACUGUCCAGACGGAUUUGAAAUCAUUGAGGAGAUAACUGAGGAAAUAGUUGAAGAUUUCUUGGAAGAUGAAGAGGACAAAGGGCCCGAUGUGAAAAGUGAGAAAGAGGUGACGUUACCUGUGAAAGAUGAAGCUGAAAAUGCAGAGGACCAUGCAGAGCCCCCACAUGAUGCAACCAAAGCAGCAGCAGAAGGAAAUACAGUUGAAAAAAAGCACUUUCCAGACUUAGAGGAGAAGACGUUACCCAGUGGAGAUAAAGAAGAAAAUACAGUUACAGAUCAGUUACCUCCACAAGAGCCUGAAAAAGUACAAGAGACAAAUGAAGUCCAGGAGACGUUCCCACAAAGAGAGCAGAUCAAAGUGAACAAAUUAAAAAUUCCAAAAUUGGCCCUGAACAAUAUUAAAAUGACAUCCAGGCCUUCAGGAAAUGAGACAAACUUGGAGUCAACACUGGACAAGAUCCGCAACAACAACCCUUCUAUCACCGAGACAAACCUCAACAAUAUAGAAAACAUUCCCAAAGAGAUGCUCCUGGACUAUGUCAACGCUCUGAAGAAGAACAAGCACGUGAAAACAUUUAGCAUAGCCAACACCGGCGCUGAUGAAAACAUUGCAUUCAACCUGGCCAACAUGCUGAGAGAGAAUCGCAGCAUAACCACCUUGAAUAUCGAGUCCAACUUCAUAACGGGAAAGGGAAUCGUGGCCAUCAUCCGCUGUCUCCAGUUCAACGAGACUCUGACAGAGCUGCGUUUUCACAACCAGAGGCACAUGCUGGGUCAUCAUGCCGAGAUGGAGAUCUCCCGCCUCCUCAAGGCCAACCACACCCUCCUGAAGAUGGGCUACCACUUUGAGCAGGCGGGGCCCAGGAUGGUGGUGACCAACCUUUUAACCAGGAACCUGGACCACCAGAGGCAGCAGAGGAAGGACGAGCAGAAACAGCAGCAGCUGAAGGAGCAGAAGGAGCUGAUGCAGAUGUAUGAGAACAGUCUCAACCUGCCCGCGGGCUUAUUUGAGAUGCUGGGAUACAUACCGCCACUAGAACUCCUGCAACAGUGCGGGAUUGCGCCGCCCUCCUCAGAGCUGAACGCUUUCCCUCAAAUGCAACGCCAGACGGAGCAGCCAGAGCAGCCAGAGCCACAGAAGAAGUUCAAACGCAACAGCAUUCCCCAACAACCCAGUGCUGAACCAUCAAACUCGUUAAAGGACGUCCAGUUGAAGAGGACUCCCAAAAAACGGGAUCCAUUUCUAGAUCUGGACCCAAGGGAUAACCGGAGGCCGGACAGGCCGAACAUCCAGCUGAGAAAGACUCCAAAAGUGAGAGACACGGGCGCUGAAGGAGAUGAGAAGCCCAACCUCACUGAAGUGAUAAAGACUUUGAAACCUGUCCCUCGCAGACGACUCCCACCAAAAGUGGACCUCACACCCCGCGAUGAGCUCUUAACUGCAAUCAAAAAGAGCAAUGUGGCAUAUCUCAAAUCUGUACCACUCCCCAAGGUGUUGGAAUCAAGUGAAACAAGUCUCCUCUGAGACGGACCUACUGCUAUUUCCUUAUCACAGUGUUUAUUUUACACCUGCUUGAGAUGUGGCGCUAUGAAUGUGCAUACAGGUCAAGAGUGAACUAUAGAAGAAAAGCGUUGUUUGUUCCACUCCUGCACUGCUACGUUUCAAAAUGUCCUCAUGGUGAAAAUGCAAAUGUUGACAGGCAUCCUAACGCCAUCUAUUAAUAUCACAUUAGAACAUUUGACUCCUUUCAUUAUUUAUUAUCUCAUAAAUGUAGUCUACAGAAAAGUUGUCUAAAUGGAAGAUGUGUUUCAUAUUAUCUAACAGCAUAAAAACACUAUUUUUUUUUUAUUGUCAUAUUAGGUUUGUUUUAUGGUAAAACAUUAAAUACUGCAUUAACUUCAACACAAUUGCAUUUAGAAAAGAUAAAGAAAAAAAUAGCUUUUUCCUCGUCUGGAGCCGACAUGUUCUUCCUUUUCAUUAAAUCUUUGCUUACUCUCGUAGUUCUCAGAGUGUUUGAUGUUAUUUUCUAGUCCUCAGACAAUUGAUGUAGGUGAGACAAGUAUUUCUAUUUCUGUUGUAAGGGGAGACAUAACUUAAAAUAGAUAGAUAGAUAAAGAAAGAAAUAAAACGGGACCCUUCUAGGCAUGAAGCUCACCAUAUAGCUCAUUCUUUUAUUCAUCCAUUUUCUAUCCUUUUCUUGAUCUCGGGGGGAUGGAAUUUAUUCCAGAAGACAUCAGCCAUAAGGUGAGGUAUGCCUCAGACAGACCACACGUACACCCAGACAACCACGCAUGCUCGCACGCACUUCUACAGACAACUCAGGAUUCAUCAGCCUGCAGGCGUCAUGUUUAACUGUGGGAGGAACCAGUUGCACCUGGAGUAAACCCACCGGAGCAUGGAGAGCACACACACCCUACACAGACAGACUCAGGUGAGAUUCACGCAGGGACCUUCUUGCUGUGAGGCAACAGUGCUAAACGCUGUGGAUAAGUCUCAUUUGUUUCAAAGAUUAAUUACUUUUUUUAAUCAGAAAAAUCUACCGGAUUGCAUUUGGCUCUAAAUCCAUCUCUAUAGUCAAACAUCAGAGCAACGACUUGAAACAAGUUAUUUUUAUUUUACAGAAGACAGCCAUGUUUUACUUUUAGUUUGUCACUUUCAAGAAUGGAAAAGUAAAAUAAAAGAUAUAAAUAUGUAUAACAGCAUCCAUAAUGCAUAUGCAAUCUUUCCUACCAGGGUCCUUUGUCAACAUAGCAUGCUGAAACCAGCAAUGUGCAGGUGCAAAAAGCAACAGGAGACAUUUGGAUAGUGCUUAUGAAUUAUAUAUAUAUAUAUAUAUAUAUAUAUAUAUAUAUAUAUAUAUAUAUAUAUAUAUAU